AUGGCUUCUGAAUACAAACCUGUUCCAGCAGAAGAUCCAGAGCGUUCUCUACCAGCCCAUUAUGAGCCAAAGAUCAAGAGAGAGCGGCUAUCAUGGCUGCCAUUGGUGUUAGUUCUUAUUCUGACAAACACCAUCUCCUCUCUGGGUGGCUACUAUCUGCUAAGACAAACUGUGGAAGAAAGGCUUCCAGAGCUACCGGCUCAUGAAGCCCUUUCCCUCGACUCAACACAUAAGCAAUUUUGGUGGAACACCGCCUACAGUGAUAUGAACAACGCAUCUCACACAGACUCACUCUGGGAAAGCAUCCUCCCUUCUCACGGCUUUAUCGCCAUUGAUAGGGAUUUCGCCCGGAGCCACGGCUGGCACGAAAGCAUGUACUUACCCUCUGAUCACAGCAAGGGGGUGUAUCUUCUAGAAGCAUACCACUAUCUCCAUUGUUUGAAAAUCCUCCGCAAGACCAUGUGGGAAGCAGUAGACGGUCGGCCGUAUACGCACAGCCCCGGUGCCCACAUAAACCACUGCUUCGACGCAUUACGACAAUAUGUCGUGUGUAAUGCCGAUAGCACUCCGCUAUACACGUUUGGAGAUUUCACGGCAGGUGAUAGCCAAGUCCACCAGUGUAAGCCCUGGGCUCAGCUACGGGAAUAUGCGACCAAGCACACGGCCUGUUACAGAGACAGUGUGGAGAAGAUACCACUUGGAGAUCAUUUCGGGUUCUGCGAUGAUGGUGAUGAUGGGGUUAUUGAAUUGUAA